CAGGCUCACACCUCGGGUAGAGCGAAGAGCUGGGCCCAAACCCAAGUCCUUCCCCUCUGCAGCCCAGCCUGUAGCAGAAGGACGGGCUCACAGGGCUUCUCCUGAAACACUCAGGAAACAGGCUGGCUGGUACUGCAGACCCUUGGGAUCAGAUCCAAGUGCAAAGGGAAGGAGCCCCCUAUAAAUCAGCCCACACCAGGCAGCCCGGCUGGCAGAGCUACAGAUCAGCUGUGGAAGGAGCCUCGUCGCCACCAUGAACUUCUCCGGCAAGUACCGACGGCAGAGCCAGGAAAACUUUGAGGCCUUCAUGAAGGCAAUUGGUGUGCCAGAUGAGCUCAUCCAGAAGUGGAAGAACACUGAGUCGGUGACGGAAAUCGUGCAAAACGGGAAGCACUUCAAGUUCAUCAUCACUGCAGGGCCCAAAGUGUUGCAAAAUGAGUUCACCUUGGGGGAGGAGUUUGAGCUGGAGACCUUGACUGGGGAGAAGGUCAAGGCAGCGGCUCAGUUGGAAGGUGAUAAACUGGUGACAACGUUCAAAGGCAUCAAGUCCGUGAUUGAACUCAAUGGUGACAUACUCACCACUACUAUGACAUUGGGUGACACUGUCUUCAAGAGCACCAGCAAGAGAAUUUAGACAAGCCUGCAUUCCAUAUUCUUUUACAGUGCAAAACGAAUGUAAUAAAGUGAACUUUAUUUUAAAA